AUGAUUUGGGAAUAUUCCUUUUUUUCGAAUCGGGUCGUGACACAUCUCCACUCCUUUCAGUUUGCCUUAAGGUGCAAAGGGUUUAGCGACGAAGGGCAGUGCCUGCUAUUUCCGUAUGCGCUUACCGGAGCGGCGUUGAACUGGUUCUACAGGUUGAAACCAAGAAUGGUAGAUUCUUUCGACGAGCUAAAACAGAUCCUUCUCAACCAUUUUAUGAUCCAAACGGGCCGUCUGUACUUUGCCAACGACUUAUGCACCAUUCCUCAAAAAGAAGAUGAGUCCCUACGAGAAUACGCUGCCGACUUAGAAUACGCUGUCGGCUUAGCCAUGAAUACACGAGAUGCCCAGAAACAGAUGAUCGGGCAGCCUUCAGCACCUUCAAGAGUGGUCUUCGGUCCUCGUACUUCCAGUAUUUAG